UCAAUACAAAGCUGAGCUCGAGGCCAUUCAUGGACUGUAACAUACAUUGAGGUGUAAGUAUAAAGCCAGAAUUCUGAACAUUGUAAAAGCAUUCAGUCAAGAAUUUAUUGAUGUUAGUCAACUGCAACAAACAGCUCUGGGCAGGGAGAAUUCAUAGAUUUCUCUCAACAAAUGGAUGGGCAGAGGCCAUACCUCCAUUGUCUUUCAUAUGGAAUGGGAAUCAACAAAGAGGAUUCUGUCAUGUUAUUAGAGCCAUGGAACAUCCAAGCCUAAAUAUUUAUCAAAAUUUCCAUAUACUUUGUGCAAACAAAACCAACAUUUGUUAUUAUCAUGCUUGUGGGCGAAUCAUGAAACCCAAGUUAUCUUCUUUAAGUGUUGGAAUUUCAAACAAUUUACCAGCUUGUUUCCAGCAGUGUGCUUGUAUAUCCAAAAAGAAUUACAAGUUUCCGGAAAUCCUUGAGAGAGAUUUGGAGGAGAGCAUUGUAAAGGGGAGUGGUCCGGGCGGACAGUCGGUCAACAAGACCUCCAACUGUGUGGUCCUCCUACACAAGCCAUCAGGUAUUGUGGUCAAGUGUCAUCAUACAAGAUCUCUAGCGAAGAACCGCGAGAUUGCCAGAGAAUUGCUUCAGGAAAAGUUGGAUGAAUCAAUUAAUGGAAAAAACAGCUACUUAGCUCAAGUAAUGCAAGAAAAGCGAGACAAAAAACUCAAGGCCAAACAAAAAACCAAGAAAAAAUACCAGCUUCUAAGUGCUCAGAAGGACAUGGUUCAGGAUAAGGAAGACUUGAUCAGUGAGUUGGAGACUGUUGAUCCAGAGUCUAACCAAACUGACAACACUGGCAUGGAAACUUUAGAUAAAAAACUGACAAGCAAACAUAAAAAGUGACGAACAUACAUAACUUCCAGAUUCCAGAUCCCAUAUUUUUGAGUGAUAGAUGUUGACUUCAUUUUUCUCUUUUCUUUGAUAUCAUAGUACUUUUUUUGUGUAUUGAAUUUGAUAUUUUUGUUUCACAAUCAAAACAAGAGAAAAAAAAAUUAAAUUCAGAUGUUAAAAAAGUAGCUGUUAUGUUAUUGGUGUUGAAAGAAAAGGAUAUCUAGUGAAUUAGAGAUUCUUAUCAAUUAAGAAAUGGACACAAAUUGUUGUAACUUUUUCAUCUUUGAGGCGACAGCAGACCAAUGAUACACGUACAAUGUACUUUAAUUGGUAUCUAGGGGAAAAUAAAU